AUGCUGGCUCUCAGCUCGGUGCCUUUCCUGAAGCCCAUCUCCCUGAAGCCGCCCCGCAGCUCGCCCGGGGGCCAGCGCCGCCACACGCUGCCCGCCAGCGAGUUCCGCUGCCUCAGCCCCGAGGACGCCGUCAGCGUGUUCGAGAUCGAGAGGGAAGCCUUUAUCUCCGUGUCCGGGGCCUGUCCCCUGCGCCUGGAUGAGAUCCGCCACUUCCUCAGCCUGUGCCCGGAGCUGUCCCUCGGCUGGUUUGAGGAGGGACGGCUUGUGGCCUUCAUCAUCGGCUCGCUCUGGGACCAGGAGAGGCUCAGCCAGGCGGCGCUGACCCUGCACAGGCCCCGGGGCACGGCCGUGCACAUCCACGUGCUGGCGGUGCACCGCGGCGCCCGGCAGCAGGGCAAGGGCCCGCUGCUGCUGUGGCGGUACCUGCAGCGCCUGCGCUGGCUGCCCUUCGCCCGCCGCGCCCUGCUCAUGUGCCAGGACUUCCUCGUGCCCUUCUACCAGAAGUGUGGCUUCGAGGCGCUGGGGCCCUGCCAGGUGCGGGUGGGGGAGCUGGCCUUCGUGGAGAUGCAGCACCGCGUGCGCGGCCAUGCCCUCCUGCGCAGGAACAGCGGCUGCUGA